AUGGCAUCACGGCUAAAGUUUAGCACUCUCUGUAACAUCGCGAAUGGAAAAGUCUGUCCCAAGAAACAGUCGAUUGAUGCACGGACGUGGCCGGUGGAAGAUUUUAGGCACAUGACGGCACAGGCCCCUGGCAUCCAAUCCAGAGAGGUCAGUGUCGGUAGAGAAACAACCUUGGGUGUAGGUGUAAUUGCAAGGAUACGGUUCAAGGUACCCUGGAGCAUCUGCCGUCCAGCCGGCCGAGCUCAGACCAAUACCCAAAGACAAAUUUUUGCUUUUGGUUGCAACCGUGCUGAAGCCAAGCUCAAGCUUUAUGGCAAUUAUCUUGUCAAAACAUCUGCCGUGGAGCUUAAGAGCCCAACUUAUUAUCUUUGUUGAUGCCAGAUGGGUCUUUGUUGAAGGCUAUUGCAUGUUUGUGACCCUGCUAAUCCAGACCGCUUCGAUUUAUUGGUUUCAGGAGUCGUGAUGCGAGGUACUGCAAACUCCUUGCAUUUUCGUUUGUCGGAAUGAGACGCUUCACAUCGGAACGCUGAAAACAGGACGGGCCGCCAGAUCACCGUGAAGUGGAAAGGUCCUUGUUAAGGGCGUUCCGAAUCCACCUGAAGUCUCAACUCGUCUUGUGAUGCUCCAGGCCCCAUCGUAAAGGAGGAUCCAAUGGUAUAAUUAUAGCGUAAAUGUGCACCUUGAUCCAAUGCGGCUCAAAACUGGCCCACGCGUUUGUCUGUGCAAAUGAAGGAAAAUUUUCCAGAGGCGUGCGAUUAGCUAGACGGUCGUGCACGAAGCUUCUACCACACAAAUGUUUAUUUCCAGCUGAGUUCAAGGGUCGCCAAGAAACGAUCUUGGAUAGUUUUCCAUGAUGCAAUGGUCUAUCGAAAAUGGUGCAAGUAAUGACAAUCAUUUCUGGUUAACCGCGAAACUGUUUGCACCUGAAAAAUGAUGCAGGCCAGCCAUUAGGAAACGAGGACCAGCGGCAAAUUCUAGAAGCUGAGGCCUGAAAACACGUUGCGCUGGUUUGAGCCGUGAUUGCACCAUCGUGACGGCGCCCUUCCCGAGAUGUCGACGUACACUCACUGACAGGGCUGAGGAGUGAACGCGCAAGGACUUCCCACGACGGGCAUGGGCUGCGAAUUGAAUGUUGGCUUGUUGUUCAGGGGGGCUCCAACUUUUAGGUAAUGGCUGAGGCACUGUAUGGCUGGAAGCCGAUGCAUGAUCUUCAGGAACGGGCAAUGCGUUAUAUGUUUGUACCCUGGCAUAGAAGCGAGGCUCCUUGAAUCGAAUCAAUCAAUUUUUAGUCAAGAGCCGCAUCAUCUGAGAUGAGGCUCUCCUGCUUCGGUCUCGGCCGACGAUUUUGGUGGUGUGCGCAGUGGCACUUGGUGAUCUCGUGUUAGACAAGAACGUGGCAUGAAGACGAGUUAACGAAUUAACAGUGACCUCUUGCGUAAGUUAGAGAGCUUGGGUGUGUGUGGGACUUGAACCUGUGGCGAUAUACAGUACCAAAAUUGAUGCCAAGGUGAUGAUGCUGCUCCACUCUCAACUACACGAGCU